CAUGCUAAAGGCAUUUGCGUGCUGAGGAGAGAGCGGUAGUUUGCGCUGUCGCCCGAAAAUGAGGAUGCUCUUUGUGGGAUUUGGCGUCGGUGUUGCGGUGGGCGCCGGAGGAUGUUACCUAUACCUGUCAGCGGUCAAGCAGCCUCAGGACAGACGUGCGGGCCUUGGCAUCAGCUUGGUGGAGGGACACCACGCCGCCAAGUUCGGCGCACCAGAGACCGAGAUAUUACGGCAGUACGAAGGCUACGUUGCGGCGUACGACUACCGUACACGGAACCCCAAGUGGGUUCUGGAGCACAUCACCAGGGCCUCUUCCAACGGAGAUGCCAAAAGGGAGGGCUCGGAGUUCUUCCCGGACCCGGGGAUUGACCCAAGGUUCAGUGCCAAGCUGAGCGACUUCCGCGGCUCUGGGUACGACAGGGGCCACAUGACACCCGCUGCGGACCACAAGUCUAGUCAGAAGGCGAUGGACGAGACAUUCAGCCUCAUCAACAUCAGCCCGCAGGUCGGUGCGGGUUUCAAUCGGGACUACUGGGCCAGGUUCGAGCGCUUUGUCAAGGAGCUGACGUAUGCCGCUGCGGACGUGUACAUCGUCACGGGACCGCUGUGGCUACCCACGCAGUCGCCGCCGCUGCAGCAGCAGCAGCAGGAUGGCGAUGGCGGGGGCGGGGGCGGCGGUGGUGGGGAGGCGAGUGGCAAGGCCAAGGGAGGCAGAUGGACGCUCGUACACGACUGGAUUGUGGUGAUUGGGCUUGUGCGUGGUCCUUUUUCUUUGGUUGGUUACUUCUCCCCUGGACCAGCCCAGGAAGGGAGAGGUACAGGAGGCAAACCGCCGGGUCUGGUUGCCGUACCCACUCACUACUACAAGGUUGUGCUAGCUGACCCUCGAGGGGGGGGAGGCGGUGAGUACGGAAAGGGCGCGACGCCACGUGACCCGCCGUCGCCGCUAUCCAACGGUACGGUGGCGGUUGGCGCAUUUGUCAUGCCCAACCAACCUAUCGAUGCGCGCAACCCGCUGACGGCCUACGUGGUGCCGUUGGACGACCUGGAGCAGGUGGCUGGCACCAAGUUCUUUCCCGCGCUCCUUGACGAGCCGCGUCGCAGAGCUGCUCUGGAUGCAGCGGCGGUGGGGUGGCGGCAGGAGGGGCUGGCGCAGCUGAAACCAUUUGAACGGAUCAGCAUGAAACAGGCAUAUGCUGCACUGCCGGCACCCACGGACACGGAUGCCAGCAGCACGCAACCUCCUCAGGUUACCUCUCCAAAGGCACCACCCGGUAACGCCUCCUCCUCCUCCUCAUCAUCAUCAUCAUCGCCGCCGCCUGCGCCCAAGACACCACGGGGUGCGGAUGUGGUGCACAUUUGCGACGUGAACGCAUGCCAACUCCCCAGACCAGACUUUUACUUACCGGCAGGCUCCGGAACUAAGAGCCGUAGCAGCAGCAGUACUAGCAGCCAGCGGCAGUAG